CUAUUCUAAGAUCUCGUCAGUAAUACCGUAGCCAGAACUGGUGACAUAUUUUCGAGUCCAGCGGUUCUUUCUUACUAUAUCGUUGGUGUUUCUAGUGCCAUGGUGCAUUGGGCCGUUGUUAUUCUCGCGCUUACGUCCCCAAAGUUCAGUUUGCUUACACCCUACAUCCCAAAUCCCGGUCUUGUACAACGUGGAAGCCCAACUCAGAUCGCCGAAUCAGCUCACCACUUCAUCCAGUAUAGAUACCUACCUAGGUAGGUAUUCCUCAAUAUUUCCGUUGUCAUCCUUGGAAAUAUUCCUUCAUUUUGGACAAGGUAUUCGCCGGAAGAACUCGUGGUAAUAACCCCCUUU